AUGCGGGAGGAGCCGCGGCCGCGGCCUCCGCCCUCGGGCCUCGCGGGUCUCCUGUUCCUGGCUUUGUGCAGUCGGGCCCUAAGCAAUGAGAUUCUGGGUCUGAAGCUGCCCGGCGAGCCGCCGCUGACCGCCAACACCGUAUGCUUGACGCUGUCGGGCCUGAGCAAGCGGCAGUUAGGCCUGUGCCUGCGCAGCCCCGACGUGACGGCGUCCGCGCUUCAGGGCCUGCACAUCGCGGUCCACGAGUGUCAGCACCAGCUGCGUGACCAGCGCUGGAACUGCUCGGCGCUCGAGGGCGGCGGCCGCCUGCCGCACCACAGCGCCAUCCUCAAGCGCGGUUUCCGAGAGAGCGCUUUUUCCUUCUCCAUGCUGGCUGCUGGGGUCAUGCAUGCGGUAGCCACAGCCUGCAGCCUGGGCAAGCUGGUGAGCUGCAGCUGCGGCUGGAAGGGCAGUGGCGAGCAGGAUCGGCUGAGGGCCAAACUGCUGCAGCUGCAGGCUCUGUCCCGGGGCAAGAGUUUUCCCCACUCCCUGCCCAGCCCGGGCCCUGGCUCAGGCCCCAGCCCUGGCCCCCAGGACACAUGGGAAUGGGGUGGCUGUAACCAUGACAUGGACUUUGGAGAGAAGUUCUCUCGGGAUUUCUUGGAUUCCAGGGAAGCUCCCCGGGACAUCCAGGCACGAAUGCGAAUCCACAACAACAGGGUGGGGCGUCAGGUGGUAACUGAAAACCUGAAGCGGAAAUGCAAGUGCCAUGGCACAUCAGGCAGCUGCCAGUUCAAGACGUGCUGGAGGUCAGCCCCAGAGUUCCGGGUGGUAGGGGCAGCCUUGAGGGAGCGGCUGGGCCGGGCCAUCUUCAUUGAUACUCACAACCGCAACUCUGGAGCCUUCCAACCCCGCCUUCGUCCCCGUCGCCUCUCAGGAGAACUGGUCUACUUUGAGAAGUCUCCUGACUUCUGUGAGCGAGACCCCACCAUGGGCUCCCCAGGCACGCGGGGCCGGGCCUGCAACAAGACCAGCCGCCUGCUGGAUGGCUGUGGCAGCCUGUGCUGUGGCCGCGGCCACAACGUGCUCCGGCAGACACGAGUUGAGCGCUGUCAUUGCCGCUUCCACUGGUGCUGCUACGUGCUAUGUGAUGAGUGCAAGGUCACAGAGUGGGUCAACGUGUGUAAGUGA